AGCAGCGAUUCCACGGAGGAGCGGCGGAGACCCGUAGUGUGCUUUAACCGAGGGCGGACCGUGGGAUUUCAGCCUGUGGAUACACACGCGACGGGAGUUUUUCUUUUUCUCUUUUGUGCGAAGCUAUAAAGGCAAAACAAGAAACACUCUUGGAGAGCAACUCCUUAGACAUAUUCUCCCUCCCCACUCCAGCCGAGGUCGUCUAGCCGGAGAGCUGGAGACCCAUUCUCUUGCGUGGCACAAGUCUGGUAUUUUCUUUCAGUUGCAAAUCCCGACUGACGGCGGAGAUAAGUCGGAGCUGAGGGGCUGAAAAUUUGCUGAUUUUUUUUUUUUUUUUUAAAGCAACUUCUCAUUGCGAGCCAGGACUGCUUGGUUUGGGGGGGUCGAUAGACCCUGCUGUUUGAAUAGCAUACGGAAAAACAGGUUUUUCAUUCAUUUUUCAACCUCACAGCCACCACCCCUGUGGAUCUGUACGCGUUUUCAGCCCACCACCUCCUCACACACACUUAUUCACACGGGGGAUUCUUGUGAGCGACACUGGCUUUAAUUUAUUAUGGUGGUAAAGGCUGCUAAGAUUUAAGUCUGAUUUUUUUUUUGUUGUUGUAUUAACGGGCCUGGUCGCGCUGUGUAGGCUACGCGCAUGCUGUUUUUAAGAGAUGGAGAAUGAAGAUGGGGAUUGCCAUCAUUUAUUCAGUAAAAUCAUGGCUUGUGUGCCAUACCAGCCAACGUCAAAGCAUCCUGUGACUGGCAAAAAUAGCAGAGUGUUUUAGUAUUCCACCCCCCAACGUUUAAAUAUUUUUUGUACACAUUUAUAUAUAUGUUUAGAGCAAAUCCAGACAGAUAAGCGACCACGCAUCAGGAUAUCAGAAGCUUUUGGGCUACGAGGCACUUGUUUUCUCUUUUUCUCCUUUUUUAAAAAUUUUUUUUAGUGAGAAGGCUCUGAUUUAUUGAGCUGAUGUGCACAACUUAAAUAUUUUUACUUCCUUUUUACUCUCAUUAUUUUUAUUUUUUCUUGAAGAGGAGAAUAAUGUUCAGGAACGUAAAAUCAGAAGCACCGAUGGGUGGCCCGAUCUUGUUUUGGGGUCUGAUGCUGUCUGUCUCCACUAUCUGCAUAUGGUCCACAUAUGGAGAGAUCUGUGGCCCGGAUAUCGACCUCCGAAACGACAUCGAUCAAUUUAAGCGUCUUGAGAACUGCACGGUGGUGGAGGGCUACCUGCGCAUCCUCCUCAUCAACGAAAAGACCAGCAACAACAGCCAGCAGGAGGACUUCCGCUCCGUCAGCUUCCCGAAAUUGACCGUCAUCACCGGCUACCUGCUUCUGUUUCGUGUCUCGGGCCUCGAUAGCCUCAGUGUGCUCUUCCCCAACCUGAGCGUCAUUCGUGGGCACAACCUCUUCUACAACUACGCCCUCGUGAUCUAUGAGAUGACCAGCUUAAAAGACAUUGGGCUUUACAACCUGAGGAACAUCACCCGUGGGGCCAUGAGGAUUGAAAAGAACCCUGAGCUCUGCUACCUGGACUCGGUGGACUGGUCAUUUAUUAUGAAUACUGAGUUCAACAAUGUUAUCAACGGGAACAAGAAGGCAAAGGAAUGUGACAACGUCUGCCCGGGGAUCAUGGAGGAUAACCCUCUUUGUCAGCAGACGACGUUCAAUGACAAUCGUAACUACCGCUGCUGGACCUCCAACCAUUGCCAGAAAGUUUGCCCGAAACAAUGUAGGCUUGCCUGUACGGACAAGGGGGAGUGUUGCCACAACCAGUGCCUCGGUAGCUGCACCGAACCCAACAAUGACAUGUCCUGCUCCGCCUGUCUCCACUACUACCACGAGGGUCGGUGUGUCCCAAACUGUCCCCCGGGCACCUACAAGUUUGAGGGCUGGCGCUGCAUUACCAUGGAACUGUGCGCUCAAGUGCAUCUGGCCAGCGAUUUUCACUUUGUCAUCCACGAUGGAGAGUGUAUGCUCGACUGUCCCUCUGGCUUCACACGUAACGAGACUAAUCGUAUGCUAUGCAGUGCUUGUAAUGGCCCGUGUGAUAAGGUCUGCAGAUCCACUGUCAUCGAUUCUGUGAAUGCUGCCGAGUUCCUGCAGGACUGCACCGUCAUCGAUGGCAAUCUGGACAUCAAUAUCCGCCGUGGAAAUAAUAUAGCCCCCGAGCUUGAGAGAUUCAUGGGAUUGAUCCAGACAGUGACGGGCUAUGUUAAGAUUCGACACUCCGACGCUCUUGGCUCGCUGUCCUUCCUCAAGAGCCUACGUUACAUCAAGGGGCAGGAACUCAUCGACAACAUGUAUUCAUUCUCCGCCAUCAACAAUCAGAAUCUGAAGUACUUGUGGAACUGGACUGAGCACAACCUGACUAUUAGCAGUGGACGUCUAUUCUUCCGUCAGAACCCCAAACUCUGCAUGUCUGAGAUCUACAAGAUGUGGGAUAAAACUGGCAUAGCUGUGAAGCCAGAGGAAGGGGAUUUCCGCAACAAUGGCGAAAGAGCCAAUUGUGAAAGCCAUAUCUUGAAAUUCAAAUCCAACAUCACAUCCAGCCAUGUGAUCAAUCUGACAUGGGAGCGCUACCAGCCCCCCAAAAAUGGAACCCUUAUCAGCUUCAUCAUUUACUACAAGGAAUCUCCUUUCCAGAACAUCACUGAGUUUGAUGGCCAGGAUGGCUGUGGCUCAAAUAGCUGGCACAUGGUGGAUGUGGAUCUUCCUAAAGAUAAUAACAAUGACCCAAAUGUCAGACUUCAGCACCUCAAGCCUUGGACUCAGUAUGCUAUUUUUGUGAAGGCCAUCACCCUGCAAGAGAGCGACAAAGAUGCCACUGGAGCAAAGAGUGACAUCAUUUAUAUUCGCACACACCCAUCGUUGCCGUCUGUGCCUAAAGAUGCCCGUGCAUAUGGUAAUUCCUCAACAAAGCUGGUGGUGAAGUGGUCACCUCCACUUUUGCCCAACGGCAAUCUCACUUACUACCUGGUCCGCUGGCAGCGUCAAGCUGAGGAUAGGGAGCUCUACCAACAUGACUACUGCUCCAAAGACUUGAAGAUCCCAAUCCGAAUCCCGGCGUCGGAGCUCACAGACAUGGAAGAGAACACAAAGCCCACGAAGUCAGACCUAGCAGGGCCAGAAAAGGUCCUGUGCUGUGCUUGCCAGAAGACACCAGAAGAGAAGGACCGUGAGAAGGACGACCGUGUCUUCUUGAAAGUUUUUGAGAAUUUCCUCCACAAUUCCAUCUUUCUGGCAAGACCUCAAGAGCGUCGGCGCAGAGACCUUUCUGGUACAGCAAACAACACACUGUUUUAUGAGGGCGGCAGAGGGAAUACCACUCUCGGCGCAGGGGAUAACAGUACAGAUGGCAUUCCUCCUAACGUAGAGUUCCCCUUCACUGAAGACAAGAGCACAACAGAGUAUUUAGAGAUCCCCAAUCUGCGGCCCUUCACCGUCUACCGCAUUGAUAUCCAUGCGUGCAACGAGGUGGUGGGGAAGUGCAGCGCUGGAGCUUUCGUCUUCUCCAGGACCAAACCUGCAGUCAAAGCGGAUGACAUCCCGGGCAAGGUGAUUUUUGAGAGGUGUGACAAAAUCGAGGGGUGUGUGGUGCUGCACUGGCCAGAGCCCGUUAUGCCCAAUGGACUCAUCUUGAUGUAUGAGAUCAAGUUCCGCCUGGGUAAUGAGCCUGAGAAGCACAAGUGUGUGUCGCGACAGGAUUACCGCCGGUACAAAGGAGCUCGACUAACCAACCUUGGCUCGGGGAACUACUCCGCCCGAGUGCGUGCCACUUCCCCGGCAGGAAACGGCUCCUGGACAGAAAGUGUUUUCUUCUAUGUGUCUCCACCUAAACGUGAUGACGGUGUUACGUUGUAUGUGGUCAUCAUAAUUCCCAUCAUUGUGACAAUUUUUGUCGCCGGCCUCAUCACCAUCCUCUUCUAUGUGAACAAAAAGAGGAACAGUGACAGACUGGGGAACGGCGUCCUGUAUGCAUCAGUCAAUCCAGAGUACCUCAGUGCUACUGAGAUGUAUGUCCCAGAUGAGUGGGAGGUAGCAAGGGAGAAGAUCACUAUGCACAGGGAACUGGGCCAGGGAUCCUUCGGCAUGGUGUACGAAGGCAUCGCAAAGGGAGUAGUGAAGGACGAACCUGAAACGAGAGUGGCCAUCAAGACGGUCAAUGAGACGGCCAGCAUGAGGGAGCGAAUUGAGUUUUUGAACGAGGCCUCUGUCAUGAAGGAGUUCAACUGUCACCAUGUGGUGCGGCUGCUUGGCGUGGUCUCUCAGGGACAGCCAACCUUAGUGAUUAUGGAGCUGAUGACUCGCGGAGAUCUCAAGAGCCACCUGCGCUCCCUGCGCAAAGAAAACGCCACCAGCCAGGUCUUACCCCCACUCAAAAAGAUGAUCCAGAUGGCUGGAGAAAUCGCAGACGGUAUGGCGUACCUAAACGCCAACAAAUUUGUCCACAGAGAUCUGGCAGCGAGGAACUGCAUGGUAGCAGAGGACUUCACUGUGAAGAUUGGAGAUUUUGGCAUGACCAGAGAUAUUUAUGAGACGGACUACUACCGAAAAGGAGGAAAGGGCCUGCUGCCUGUCCGCUGGAUGUCUCCAGAGUCACUGAAAGAUGGCGUGUUUACUACAAUGUCUGAUGUCUGGUCAUUUGGUGUCGUGCUGUGGGAAAUCGCCACCUUAGCUGAACAGCCUUACCAGGGGAUGUCCAAUGAACAAGUGCUGCGCUUUGUCAUGGAGGGAGGACUCUUGGACAAACCUGACAACUGCCCUGACAUGCUGUUUGAACUGAUGCGAAUGUGCUGGCAGUAUAACCCUAAGAUGCGUCCGUCCUUCUUGGAGAUCAUCAGCAGCAUCAAAGACGAACUGGAUCCUCCCUUCAGGGAAGUGAGCUUCUUCUACAGCGAGGAGAACAAGCCGCCGGACACAGAGGAGCUGGACAUGGAGGUAGAAAACAUGGAGAACAUUCCACUGGACCCUUCAUCCGUGAGGCAGCCGUCGACUGCUGUCAUUUCCUCGUCUGGGUGUGCAGGAGGCAUGUCUCCUCCUUCUACGCAUCAGUUAUCCCCCAUGCAAGGCCCGAGUACGCCAUUACUGGGACCUGUUUCUAACUCUCCUCCCGGCCCACUUGCUUCAGCCUUGGUGUCUCCAGGACUAGCCUUGGACAAGCACUCAGGACAUGCUUCGGCCAACGGGCCUGUCGUGGUGCUGCGGCCCAGUUUUGAUGAGAUACAACCCUAUGCACACAUGAACGGGGUCAGAAAGAACGAACGGGCGCUACCACUGCCCCAGUCAUCAGCCUGCUGAUAUCAGACCAGCCCUCUCCUCCUUCCCCUUUUACACAGGGUAUCACAGACCUCUCAUCUGUCUCUUAAGGAGGGAUGGAUGAGGUAAGAAAUUGCUUUCUUCUACUGUUUGCCAGUAGAUGGUCUCUCCACUCUUAAGGUCAAACAUAAACUCGGAAGAAAUGGAAAACAAGAUAGCACAGAGCAAUUGGUGGCUCAAGCUCAACACUGGGAAACUCCAUCCUGCGCAGCCUGUAUCUGAGUCUUUGUUAUGUAAGAGUCCUUAAAGAAGGAAAACGAUACAGGCAUGUAUCCUGACUUACAGAUUUACACAUGAACUUUAAGAAAAUCUUCUUUUUUUUUUAAAGCAUAUCUGCCAGCAAAACCAACAGAAGAGCACUUUUUCCUCACGAUUUCAGAGGUGAUGUGAUGGAUAUUCAAGUGUGUAUUUAUACACAUAAUACAUAAUACAGCAUAGCUCCAUUUCUAAAAUUACUUUCCAUCAAAAUGACUGUAUUCACAUGAGCAGACUGCCUCAUGUUGCGUGAGGAUUAGAAAGGUUCCAACUUUUCUGAUCCUCUAAGAUCUUUUUUUUUUUCAUUUUAUUUUACUGUUGAUGUUUCUAUGGGAUUUUGUCCUGUGUAGGUCAGAAUGGUAGAGGAAGAUCUAUUUUCUGCCAGACUAUUGCCAAAUCAUGCUUUCUCUUCAGUUUCCUAAAAGGUGUCCCUUCUUACUGACGAUUGUGGUUCAGAGUUGUCUGUGUGAAAGAUAAUGCCAAGAUUGCCUGGCUGUUUUCAGUCUUCAUGUUUAUCUGUCACUGCUCCUGGAGCAGCUGUGUGUAGGAGUUUGCUGCCUUCACCAUUGGUUAUCACUUAUUUUCUAUGUUUAACGCAGAUUUUACUGGUUCCAUCUCAAAACUGAGGACUGGCUGACUUGUUCUCAGCCCAUGUAAUAAUUUUUCUCUUUUUCUGUGUGCACACCAAUCACAUGGCGGCACAGUGGUAUAGUGGUAAGAGCUGUCGCCUCACAAAGUAGAAGGUUCUGUGUUCAAACGCUGGCUGCAGACACUGUGUGGAGUUGACAUGUUUUCCCUGUGCCUCUGUGGGUUCUCUCCAGGUACUCUGGCUUCUUCCCACAGUCCAAAGACGUGCAUGUUAGGUCAAUUGGUGUUUCUAAAUUGGCCACGGAUGUCUGCUACAGCCUGCAUCCAUGGCUAUUUAAAAUGUGACUGAGUGGUCAGCAAGACUAAUAAAGCACUAAAUAUGUGAGAGCAUUACAAACACCUGACAGAUUUUCAGAAAAAGAGAAAAGCCGUGGUGCUGAUUGGCUAAUCAAAAGUUUGCUUGCCCACCUACAUGCCCUUCAUUACUUUCAUCUUUCAAACAUCUGAGGGAAGAAGGCAUGUGAUUGAAGCACAGCCAACUCUGAGUCACAGCCUCUGUCUUUGUUUAAUUUAUUUAAAAAAAGAAAAAAGAAAAAAAAAAAGACUGAAAACAUCAAAGCAUCAGAAGGUCGCACUUCAAAUGAGCAAAUCACUGAACUUUAUACUUUACGAAUACAACUCUGGCUCCACUUUGACUUCUUCUAACCUUUUUUUUCUGAGAUUUUCAAUUGUGCAUUUCACAGUGGGAGGUGAACAUGGUUCGCCGGCACUGCUGUACCGAAUACAACGCAAGAGACAGAAAAUGAGGUGAUUUUAGUAGCCUAGAGACAGCUUUCAAGUCACAGGUGGUCUCUUUUUAGAACAGUCAAUAGUUUAUCUACAUUUCAAACACAUAUAAAGGUCUUACAGUUGUAUUUUUGACUGCAGGAUCGUUUUUAUACACUCAUUGGUUUUUGUCACUUUUUUAAAACCUUUUUACGGUUAAAAAAUGUUUGCCUCUAUGUCUGUACAGAACAAAGCUGCUAUUUUAUUCUUUUCCUCUUUUGGAUGAUAUAUAUAUAUAUAUAUAUAUAUAUAUAUAUAUCAUCCAAUAUAUAUAUAAAGAAAUCCUUCAGGUUUGGUAUUUUAUGGUCUCCACAACAGUCCAUUUCUAAUACCCUUAAACUGUUCAGAAAAUAUCCAAUUUAAAUCACAAAACGUGACCCCCGAAAGGUUUUCUGCAACACUACAUUUUGUUAAUUGCCUUUUCUUUUUAUGAAAUGUUUCUUUCUCUAUUUCUGGAUGUCUAUAUUAUUAUUAUUAUUAUUAAUGUUAUUAUUAUUUAGAACGGACACCUUGGCUCAGUCUGUGAGCAGAGCGUGUACUUUCUGCAUCCCUUUUUUUGUACUUUAUUGUCUAGCACUGCGCCUGGCAUUGGCCACUAGGUGCGACUCGAUCUCAGGUCAAAGUUAAGGCUUUGCUUUCUCCACACAUUCUCACAACAUCAUCCUGUACUUGCUUCACCAUUUCCUCCUCCUUUCCUGCUCCUGAUCAUCAUGACCCCCCCCUUCUGAAGUCAGGAUAAGUUCCAGUAUACGAGAUAUUUACCAGAUCUGGUAUUUUAACCCAUCCACGUCCUGCCUCGUUUUUUUCCGAUUAGAUAGGGCUAAAUUAAGUUGUCUCGUUUGCCUUAAUAUAUGCCAACCAUCUUUUAACCGUUUCACUUCUACUCCCUCCUCUAGCUCAGUGUUCCCUCUGCUGAUUUCCUUUCUUCAGACUUAUUGUUUAAUCUUCACGACGACUGCUUCUUAAAACCAAAUAAAGGAUGGGUUAAAAUCCAGGGAAGGGAACGCAUUUCAAUGUCACGAAUGGCUGAAUACUGAAAGUGUUUUGAAGGAUUUCUGCUCAUGUUACCUGGUGAUUCCCCUUCCCCUUCUUUUAUUUUAUUUUUUUCUGUAGAAAUGUUAUUUAUUUCUUCUUCUUUUUUUUUUUCCUUUUGUGAUAUCAGUUUAAAUCACUGUAUAAAUGCCCCAUGAUUCAGUAUAAAGUUGGAUUUUUUUGUAUGCAUUUUCUUUGGUGUCAUGACUGGGGGACUUAAAACCUUUUCUUUUUUUCCCCCCUUUAAGUAUAUCUACCUCACUCUUUUUAAAUAUAUGUAUGCAUAUGGAAAACAAAUACAUCUCACUCUUUCUCGUUUUUUUUUUAAACCCCCACAGGGAUCUAGAUAAACCUCACGAAGCGGACUAACACAGGAGAUGGAAUGGAAGUGUUGUUAAGUUACCCCGGCCAUUUCUGGCCCAGCGGGUUAAAGCUUUUAGAAAAAAAAAGGCCCGCGCGUUUGCUCAAAUUGAACAGCAGCCGUUAGUACGGUGUAGUUUUGCUCUCAGUGUUAAAUGUAAAUGAGUAUUUAUGUGAGGACAUCGAUCUACACUGUAUUUUAACCGAGGCAGGUGCAGUACGUGAUAAGACAGGAGGCCAGGGCUCAACACCACACAUUCCAUCUCCAAACAUAAAUGUCACAACCUCAAAUCCUCAAAAGACAAAAACUUUUAAUUUUUCCUCUUCUAAAAUGCUUUUAUAUAAAAGUCUAAAAUAAAAAAUGUAUAUACAUACAUAUAUAUAUAGAUAGAUAUAAAACGGGAAAUAUUUAAAAAGGGAAACUUUUUCAUCACCUCCAAUAAAACAAUUUGACCUGCAGCCUGUGAUGCUGCGAGCAUACGGUGCAACUCCACCUCUCACUUUAUUCCAAGCAAACAGAUGGCAUUCACUUUUUCAGAACAACAACAACAAAAACUAGAUAGCUGUGAACUUUCCAUAAUAUGGGGAAAGCAGCCUCCUACGUAUUUCUAACUUCUGUAGGAACCCCUAAAUCAAUGAUUUCCACGUUGGAAUCACAAGAGCAGUAAAACAGUGUCAUUUUCUACCCUUAUAAACUCUUCGUGGUUAUGUGAAUGUCAUCAUCCCCCUUCCCCUUCCUUCCCAGUCUGAAUGCCAAGACAUUCUGACCCCAGCGUUCAUUUCCACUCUCGUUAUCGGUGCCACUCCCUCACUGUCCGUUCAGAGUUGUUUUGCUCUAUCAAAAGUCAAGUCUGCAACCCCCGUUUUUUUUGUCUGGCCCGUUGUAACUGAUACUUACAGUAAUGCUGCUGGUUCAGUCACCUCAGUAGAUCUUAUUUUGUCACCACAAAAUAGGAGGGGAAAAAAAGAGAGAGAACAAGCGUGAAAAGGUGGCAAAGUAGCUUUUACAUCUCAAAGCGUCUCAUUAAAAAACAAAAACAAAAGAAACCUCAGUGCUACUUUUUAACUCGCAGUGGCUACUUGGCGAGCGUUAACUCAGUGCAAGGGCUGAUGGGCUGGGAACAUUAGAUAAUUUGCAUUUAUAUGAAUACCCAAAAGCAAUAAGAAAAGAAAAUGGGAUCACAGAUAGGCAACCAGGUAACUUCUAAUGUGAAAUUUGGGUGCUCAAUUAAAGUUCUUGGUAAAUAAAAAAAAUAGAUAAAACUGUCUGAUUGCUGUUUAAUAUCACAACGGUUUAAAAAUCACCACUGACAAGCAAACAGCUUAGGUAGUUACUUAACAUAUCUAUGCAUUUCUGUUUUUGUUUUUUUGCUGUAUUAUGGUAUAUGUCAACUUUCCAGUUCUGAGAGUAGACACUGAUCUGUUCUGAGGUGAAUAGCUGUUGAAUAACUAGUUACCAUUAGAUCACGAACCUGUCAAAGCUUACAACAUUUACAAUGAACUCGUGGACAUGUAUAGGACAGGGAUGUUGCGUAGAUUUACGGGUAGUCACGGUGAAGAGUAAUCAUGGUUAGAAAAAGACGAUAGUUUACAGCUUCACGCGAUACUUUUUUUUUUUGCGUUACCUUAGGUUUAAACAGCAUAAAUAUACACUACAGUUUAGUCGUCUGUCAACAUUUCAAUUCUUCAGAAUGUUCUUCAUGCAAAUGUCAGGUUUAUGGAGAAUGCAUCAGUGCAUUUAAACUGCAAUAAUAAGUUUGAGGUUCAUCAUCAUCCUGCGCCUCUGUUUUUAAUGAUUUGCAUUCCUGUACCUUCUGAGGGGCCUUGGUCUACUACUACUAUUAUUUUAUUAUCAUGCUUUCACAAAAUCUGUGUGUUCAUUAGAUUGGGGAAAGAAAUAAUCAAAACGAAAAAUCACUAGACUGUCUUCUUUCAAGCUCUAUAUCUGAGGCCUCAAAGUUUUUCACACCUAUAGCUGAGAUGGUGUAUUUUUUAAAACACCUUCUCUGAAUAUGUAUCUGAGAAUUUCUUGUAUUUUCUUUCUCUUUUUUUUUUUUGCUGAAAUUUUGAAUAAAUAAAUGAAUGAGAACUA